UCGGCCCGUGCACCCGCGCGAGCAGUUACAGACGCUGGAAGCGCCCGGGCGACGGACGGCGUUAUGGAGCUCGUCAGUGCGACGGAGUCCCGUUUGUGUUUUCACUCACAAUGUACUUUAGCACCUCGAUAAGAUGUUUGCGUGUUUCGAAAUCAUCCCUUUUCUCCUCGCCUUCAACAUUUACCAUGUCGCACAUGCCCAAGAUUCAUCGUGUUGCCACCACGCGGCUGACCUGUCGACAUGUAGGGAGGCCUGUGAUCAGCUCUCCACGAUCAGGAGCGAGUCGCGCUUGAAGCACCUGCUCCAAAGGCUGCCUAGCUACUGCCCGGAAUCUAUGAAUGAACUCUGGACCUGCAUCAAUUCCACACUGCCUGGAGUGUCCGGGAAGCAGGAGGGCUGGGUGGGGCUGGGCUGCUGUGAGCUGGCCAUCUCAGCGGACUGCAGGAGGGACUGCAAGCUGGCGUCUUCCAACAAUGACAUCACCAAAGUGUGCAAGAAGGACACGGAGAAACCCCUCUACAGCUGUAUUGCCAAAAAUGAGAUGGGCUCGGUGUGCUGUAGUUACGCAGGCAGACACACCACCUGCAGGGAGUACUGCCAGGCCAUCUUCGGCACAGACUCCUCCCCCACGGCAUCCCAGAUCAACACCAUCAACGAGUACUGCCCCCAGCUGAUUGGCUGCGUGGGGAACUACACCAAGUCCUACCCAAUCAAGAGCCCCAUCGACAGUCUGCACUGCUGUGACCGGGCGGAGGACACUCACUGCCAGACGGCGUGCCGGCGCAUCCUGCGCACCAUGACGACGGAGCACGAGAUCAUCGACCGGCUGAUCGAGGAGUGCCAGCGGCAGCCCCUGCCCCAGGACCCGCUGUGGCAGUGUUUCCUGGGCAACGCCCAGCCCCCGCCCAACCCCGACCCCGACACCCCGCCCACCGCCAAGAUGGACUGCGCCAAGCUCCACUGCUGCGCCAAAGCCAACACGUCGCUGUGCAGGGAGAUGUGUCAGCAGAGCAGCACUAACUGGGGUGCGCAGACGUGGCAGGAGUUCCACCAGCUCUGCCAGUACAACCCUGCGGAGGCCGACCUGGUCACCUGCCUCGCCGACGUGCAGGAGCCCUGCCAGCUGGGCUGCAAGGACCUGUCCUACUGCACCAACUUCAACAACCGGCCGACAGAGCUGUUCCGUAGCUGUAACGCGCAGUCAGACCAGGGUGCUCUGAGUGACAUCAGGCUGUGGGAGAAGGGCAGCAUUAAGAUGCCCUUCAUGAGCAUCCCGGUGCAGGACAUCACCAAGUGCCGUCCGGACAUGUGGAGGGCGGUGGCCUGCACCCUGCAGAUCAAGCCCUGCUACAGCAGGUCCCGCGGGAGUGUCAUCUGCAAGUCGGACUGCGUGGACAUUCUGACCCAGUGUGGCGACCACGGCAAGUUCCACGACGGCCAGACCCCCGAGAGCAUCUGUGACCUCCUGUCCCCCACCGACGACCCAGAGCGCUGCAUCCCCCUGCAGAGAUACCUCAGCCCCAGCCCCCUGGGCGACGCCCUCGAGGAGGUGGUCCACCCCUGCAACCCCAACCCCUGUCCCAGCAACCACCUGUGUGAGGUCAACAGGCGGGGGUGUCACCCGGGCCAGGACUGCCUGCCCUUCUUCUGUGUUCCAGGCUGCAAGCUGGGGGAGGCCUCAGAGUUCCUGGUGAACGUGGAGGCGCAGGUGCAGGUGCCCGUGAGGGGCCGGCCCACGGGCUGCUAUGAGGUGUGUGUGUGCGCGCAGAGCGGACGCCUGGAGGCCUGCACCGAGACCCCCUGCGUGGACACCGCCAAGACCUGCCUCCUGGGCGACCAGAGGAAGAGUCACGGCUCCUCCUUCAGGAUGGGCUGCCACCCCUGCUCCUGUUUUGGAGGGGAGGUGUUCUGCUCCUUGCGCCCCUGCCUCACCCCCCUCAGCUCCGAGGAGGACCGCCGUCGAUUCACAGGGCUGCCCUGUGGCUGUCCGGACCGGUUUGUGCCGGUCUGUGCUCAGAACGGGAGGACGUACCCCAGCGCCUGUGUGGCCCGCUGUGUGGGUCUGCAGGACAGCCAGUUUGACUUCGGCUCCUGCAGGACCCGCGACCCCUGCGCCUCCAACCCCUGCCCCAGGAACCAGAGGUGUUUGCCCAGCCGGAAGGUGUGCCUGUCCAGCGUGAGCGAGUUCCCCUGCCGGCAGCACGACUGUGUUGCCCGCUCCCUCGUCUGCGACAAGACCCUGCUGGACCCCGUGUGCGACACGGCCGGCCAGGAGCACCCCACCCUCUGCCUGCUGUCCCAGAGGGGCAAGGUCCCGGCCUACUCCGGACCCUGCCAGGAGGGCUGCAGCAGGCCCAGCCCUGUGUGUGGGCAGAACGGGGAGACGUACAGCACGGUGUGUGAGGCGUUCUCUGACCGCGUCAUGGUGGACUACCCGGGGCAGUGCCACUCUGUGGGCGUGGUCUCUGAGCUCAGCUCUGAGUCCGGCUGUGACUCCGUGUCCUGCCCCCCCCUCGCCACGCAGGGCUGCCAGCCGGUCACUCCCCCCGGAGCCUGCUGUCCCCUCUGUGCUGGAAUGCUGAGGAUCUUGUGGAAUAAAGAGCAGAUGAACAUCUUCGCUGAGCUGGAUCACCGGCGGCCCGUCACGGUCCACGACGUUCUGGCGAUCCUCCGGCUGCACGUGUCCGUGCCCCAGUGCGACGCCUUCGGGUACCUGAGCAUCGAUGGGGAGCUGGUGGUGCUGAUCGCGCCCGUGGACCAACAGCCCACCCCACUGCAGAUGGAAGCGUGUAAUAAGGAGGCGGAGAAGAUCGACUCUCUCAUCACCUCAGGCAGCCCCACGCUGGUGUCGCGUGUGCCCCUGUCCGCCCUCGCCCUGUCCGAGGUCAAGGUCUCCACGCUGCGCUCCGCGGGACCUCCCUCCCGGGGGUCCCCCACCGUCCUUCUGCUCCUCUUCCUCCUCCUCAUCCUCGCCCGGGGGAACGCCUAAAUCACCCCCCCUCCCCCAACCCCCAUCCGGUCCCGCACCGCCACUCCCAGCCAGUGAUCUGUGUCUGCGCGCUGACCUCUGACCCUCUCAGGGGUCUCUGACGAGGGGGAAGGGAUGGGGUGUCUCUCUCCUCUCCCCCAACCGUCAACCCCCCCGUUGCCUUGACAAUCACCAUUGUGCCUACCGGGACUGAUCUCAUUUUUGUUCUUUUUUUUUUUUUUUUUUAAAGAAGAAAAAUGAGGCCACAAAGACCUGUCAGAGGCCACCCUUUGUCAUUCAGUGGCCCUGCCUAGGAAAAGUCUGAGCCAAACUGGCGGCCGUGUUAUUCAGUACACCGCGCGGAGGGAAGAGACUGAGCCAAAAUGGCGGCCGUGUUAUUCAGUAUACCCGCAGUGGGAAGAGACUGAGCCAAAAUGGCGGCCGAGUGUGGCUGCACGAUAGUGUGUGCACCUCAUAAUGUUUCUGAGGUCAGUUCUUCAGUUUAACAGCUCCAGGUCUUACGUGGAAAUGCAGGGACCAAUACAACAGUAAUGUAAGUUCAGUAACUCCACCCAUAUGCAGUCGGUUUGUAAAAAAUCAUAUGUGUGUUGAUUAGUAUGCUUUACUACAGGACACAAAUGGAACACAUGUUUAUAUUUACAUGAUUAUGGCCCCUAUUACAUAUUGUCAUGUGCAAAAUUGGUAAAAAUAAGAAAUAAAUAAGCUUACAAGAAACACAUAUGGAGUAUAUAGACAAUGGGUUCCAAAAGACCGAGACCACUCGUGAAAAUGCUUCUAUUGUGCAUUGUUUUCUAAUUUAACACAAACUGUUCAUUACUAAUUAUAUUAUCAGCAUAACAAUUUGAGUGAAAACCUGAAUCUUUGAAGAAAUUAAUUUCAGGUGGUAUGUCCCCCUUUUGCUUUGAUUGCAACAUGGCAUGGGCUUCCACACAUUUGUGCCAGCAUUAUUUGACAAUGUUCCAAAGAGCGUCUUGUGAUGUUACUGAACGAGUGGCUUUUGUCAGUCUUUUGAGUGUCCCCAUGAAUGGGGUUGAGGUCAGGUGGAUUGUGCAGGACUCCUUGCUUUUCUUUGGUCUUUGGAGUAGGCUAGUUCUUGCAAAGCUUUGAAGUAACUUUGAAGUAAAACUAAUUUCAUUUCAAUUUUUUUCAAGAUCCUAAAACUUACUGUUCAUUUUCAGGAUGACAUGGAAGAUUUUCAAUGUGGUCUCAGACUUUUGGACCCCACAGUAUGUGUUAUUGAACUACCCUAAGUAAAUACAUACAUGACACUUCACAUUUCAAUUUUAUAAAUGUCUAAUAUGUCUAAGAGGCCAUAAUAACAUAAAAAUGAAUUAUGUUUUCUAUAUGUUGAAUUUAGUAAAACAUACUCAUCAACAUAUAUUUUGCAAUGGUUUUGCAUGUGGUCAGCCACUGUAGUAUCGAAGCCGAAUGUUGAAAAAGGGACUCUGUAUAUGAAAUGUGUAUUUUGUAUUUGUUAAAAUGAAGGACAAAAGCCAUGUGUGAUUAUGACAAUCAUAGCUCAUACAUACGUGGGUAUUUAUGACAACACACCGUGCUCCAAGUAUUUAAAUCAUUCUUAAUGUGUCGUGAUGCAAUAAUAUCAUUCUGUGCUGUUUGAAUGGGGACCGUAUAUUUCUGUAACGAAAUGAAAAAAAAAAAAAAAAAAAGGUUAUAUUGAUAUCUAUGUGCCAUUCCAAAAAAUAUUAUUCCUGCAUGGUGGCACUUACAAAGUGUUUUACUCCAGAAUGUAAGGUUAAUGUAAUGUGUGCCUUUUUGCCGUUGUCUUUUGUUACCGUGUGUUGUUGUUGUUUUAUCAGUAUUACUGCGCGAAGCAGCAGUGUUCGCCUCCUGGCGUUCUCUCUCUCUUUCAUUUUUUUACUUUUAUUUUUAUCAUUACGCUCUUGUGCGCACGAACACAGGCACUUAGGCAUAACUACAAACCUUGGCGCCGCGCCUCGGCGCGUAUUUGUAUGAACCCCAGUACUUGCGAUUUGUUUUUCUUUUCGAGUCCGAGCGAGAAUGCACAUUUUCUUUUUCGCGGAGUAUUAAAGGGUGAGAAAAGAGUGA